AUGGGCGUGUCAUAGGGGCGGGGCCUGAGGACCGCCCGCCCCCGCCGGCCCGAGCGGCUCAGCCAUAGGCAGGCUGUCCCGCGUGGGGGUUGCCAUGGAGACGAGUCGCUAGGCGCUGGGUGUGUGGGAGCCGAGCUCAGACCGAGCCGGGAGCCCCGGAGUGAGAGGCCGGGAGGCACCGGGAGCCGCGCAGCGCCAGGGCCGGCACCACGCGGGGGGGAGGCCGAUCCCGGGUAGGGGCAGCGUGCUAGCCCCGGGAGGGCGAUCCAGGGCGCACCGGCCCGGCCCGGCGCUGGCUGGGGAAUCCCGGGGGCUUUGGUCCUAGUCCCGGGAGGCUGAUCCGGGGGCACGGACCCCAUAGCCGGGACGCUGUUGGGGGGCCCUGCUCCCGGCCCUGGCAGGAGGAGGCGGGGGGCGCCAACCCCAUCCCUGGCACGGGGCACCCAAGGGGGGCACAUGUCCUAGUCUCGGGGAGGCGAUCCAGAGGCACCAGUCCCAGCCCGGGCUGGAGGAGUGCAAGGGGGCACCAGUCCCAGCUCCAGGAGGCUGGUCCGUCCCAUCCCUGACAGGGGGGCCCCGGGGGCGGUCACUGGUCUUAGUCCCAGGAGGCCAGUCCGGGGGGCACCAGGUUAGCUGGUUGUCAUGUUCCCUGUGGGCUGCCCUGCUGGAGGCGGUGGCUCUCGUUAUCCCAGCAGUCCUUGGCCAUGAGAAUGGGCAGCGCAGGGUCCUCAGGCAGGGAGGAGCGGCUGCCAUCGGGUGCGGAGGAGCAGCUGAGUGGUGGGGAUCAGACACUGGAGCUGACCGGGCGGCACCUGAAGCGGCUUCCAAGCCCAGUGUGUGCCCUGGGCAGCCUGCAGAAGCUCUACAUAAGUGGCACGGGGUUGCGUGAGCUGCCUGAGGAGAUCGAGGGACUGCGGGAGCUGCGCAUCCUGGCACUGGACUUCAACAAGCUGGAGGAGGUGCCUGAGGCACUAUGCCGCCUGCCCCGUCUCACCCGCCUCUACCUGGGCAGCAACCGCCUCUUUGGCCUCCCUGCAGAAUUUGCCCAGCUCCAGACUCUGCGCUGCUUGUGGAUUGAGAACAACUACCUGUACCAUUUUCCUCGGGCCUUGCUCCAGAUGCCUGCACUGCAGUCCUUGCAGAUGGGUGACAAUCGACUCCGGGCACUGCCAGGCAGCCUGCCGCGUAUGACUGGCCUCCGGGGGCUAUGGCUUUAUGGGAAUCGCUUUGAGGAGUUCCCACUGCCCCUGCUCCGCAUGGCCCAGCUCCAUAUCCUUGACCUGGACCGCAACAAGAUCAUCGACUUCCCAGACCUGGCCCACCUAAAAGGGUUACGGCUCUUUUCCUAUGACCAUAAUCCAGUUAAAGCACCACCCUGUGUGGCUGACACUGUCACCCUUGUGGGCGAUGGGGCCCAGGAGCUGAUGGAGGCUAGGGAGGAACGUCUUCAAAGCCUGCGGGAGCAGGAUGAACAGGAGGAGAAUGGCUCAGAAGCCAUGCAGGGCACCCUGAGGAAUGACUCCUCUCUGCUGGAGGAUGCUGAAGGCAGUUUCUCGGCCCUGGAAUGCUCCCCAGAAGAAACAUGAGAAUGGGCACUACAAUAACAUGGUUGCUGCUCAGAAAAUCUGGUGGACAUUGGUGGGCUGAUAGAUCCACUUCUGCGCUGCAAGGGGUGAGAGUUUGCAUGGACCAUCUCUGGCCAUGGGGGGCCACAGUCUCCCAACUAGGAUCAUGGGCAACUACCAGUCCAGGGAGUCACUAUCUUCUUGCACAAGACAGGAAAACCAUGAAUCAAAGGGAUCACCAUCUCCUUGCUGGGACCACAGACAGCAAAGGGAGUAUCAUCUAUCUGCAGAAGUGCUGGGCAAUCACUGCACCCCUGAGACAUCCUGCAUAGCCACAGGACGUGGGGGUUGGCAGGGGAAACCACAAUGUUGUUGUGUUGGAUGAUCCCAUUGGACCAGCUCUGUAGGAGGAUGGUCUCUGUUUGAGAUGGGCAUUGAUAAGAGUUGGCCUUCUCAGAACAGCCAGCUUGUGGUGGAAGCCUGGAAUUGAAAGGACUUUAAUGUGACAAUCUGUGGCUGUUUGGUUAGGUAUCUAUGAGUGAUCUCUGCUACUUGCCAUCCGGCCCAUUGCCACGGGACUCA